AUGGCGGUAAACGCGAGCUUCGUCUCGCCCAUGGCUGACGCCAACGUGGCUCAGGUGCUACAGCAAUUCGACUCCAAUGGCCUCCUUUCCUCCGUCUUCACCGGAUUCACCGGCUUGAAGCUGGUGUUGACGCUGCUCGUCGCCGCCGUCGUGUAUGAUCAGUUCAACUACAUCUGGAACAAAGGCUCAAUUGUCGGCCCAGCAUGGAAGGCGCCUUUUAUUGGGCCUUUUCUCGAGUCUGUCAACCCAGACUUCAAAAAGUACCACGAAAAAUGGCUGUCAGGCCCUCUCAGCUGCGUUUCCGUCUUUCACAAGUUUGUGGUCAUUGCCUCAACUCGCGACAUGGCCCGCAAAAUCUUCAACUCGCCCGCCUUUGUCAAGCCCUGCGUUGUCGACGCCGCCUACAAGAUUCUCCGUCCUGAGAACUGGGUCUUCCUCGAUGGCCGCGCCCAUGUGGAUUACCGCAAGGGUCUCAACAGCCUGUUCACACGCCAGGCUCUCGAGCAAUACCUCCCAGGCCAAGAGGAAAUCUACAACAGCUUCUUCAAGCGUUAUGUCCGCAUUUCCCAGGAAGACAACAAGGGAAAGCACGUCCCCUGGAUGCAGGAGUUCCGCCUCAUGAUCACUGCGGUCAGCUGCAGGACUUUUGUCGGACACUACUGCUCGGAACAGGCUGUCAAGAAGAUUGCCGACGACUACUACCUCAUCACAGCUGCCCUUGAGCUUGUCAACUUCCCCAUCAUCUUGCCCUUCACCAAGAGCUGGUACGGCAAGAAGUGUGCCGACAUGGUCCUCGACGAGUUUUCCAAGUGCGCCGCGAAGAGCAAGGUCCGCAUGGCCGCGGGUGGCAAGAAGGAGUGCAUUCUUGACUUUUGGGUCGAUAACAUGAUCGAGUCGGAAAAGUACCGCAAGAGGAUCGAAGCUGGCGAAAAGGUCGACGACUCCGAGAAACCGGCCACGGUCAUUCGCUGGUUCAGCGAUCUCGAGAUUGCCAUGACUAUCUUUACCUUCCUCUUCGCCUCGCAGGAUGCCACCUCUUCGGCGGCCACUUGGUUAUUCCAGAUCAUGGCUGACCGACCCGAAUACCUCGACAAGGUCCGUGAGGAGAACAUCAAGGUUCGCAACGGCGACAUUCACGCUCCCAUCUCGCUCGAUGCCAUUGAGAAGCUUCAGUGGACCCGUGCUGUUGUCAAGGAGACUCUUCGCUACAGGCCCCCGGUCAUCAUGGUUCCUUACCUCGCAAAGAAAGACUUCCCCAUCACCCCUGACUACACUGUUCGCAAGGGUUCCAUGGUUAUCCCGACUACCUACAUGGCCCUUCACGAUGGCGACGCCUACCCGAACCCGGAUUCUUUCGAGCCUGAGCGAUGGAUCACUGGUAAUGCUGACCAGCAAACUAAGAAUUGGCUUGUAUUUGGCACUGGGCCGCAUUACUGCUUGGGCCAGACAUAUGCGCAGGCCAACCUCAUGUUGAUGAUUGGCAAGGCCAGCAUGAUGCUCGACUGGGACCACAAGGUCACGGACAAGAGCGAGGUGAUCAAGGUGUUUGCCACUAUCUUCCCCAUGGAUGACUGCUUGCUCACAUUCAAGAACCGAGCACCAGCCUAA